AUGGCGAGCGACGACUCGGACUCCGAUGAUUCUUUCUACGGAGCCAUGGAUCGGCUUGUGGAAAGCAUCAGAGAGAGCCUGUCACCAGAGCUGCUCGCACUGGUUGGACGCCGACUGUUCGAAGGACAGAGCACCAUUCGCGCCGACCCAGCCGAUACACUCAAGGUCUUGUCCAAGUUUCUCAAGCUCUCCGCCAAACCUUGCAGCAAGGAGGUCAAGAUGGACGUCGGAAAUGCUAUCCUGGACAAGUCUGAUCCCGUGAAUCUCUUUUUCGGCUGCUUACCGAGCCCCGAGUCACACGAGAUGCGUCAUGUGAAUGGCGGACAGGCGAUCUUCGAUGCAUACGAUCACGCGCACGAAGUGCUGGAGUACUUCGCACUCGUUCAUGGGAGAGAGAAGUUGAAGACGCAAUACAAGGGUACACUUCUCGACAAGCUCUUCGAGGAGUUCGGGGAAAUCUCCCGUCUCACCGUCCUUUUCCAAAUCGUCUUCGUCCAGUAUCUUUUGUCUAUCAAUUACAAUGGCUACUAUAUUGUGUCGGCAGACGAUGGAAUGGUGAAAGUCUUCAUGGAUUGCUCCGCGCCAGAGGAUCUCCAGAACGAGUCCAUUUACAAGGGUGUAUCUCCGGGCCUGGACCUUUCCCUUCCGAAGGUCGAGGCUGCACUCCAUGCCUUUGGCUUCGACCUUGCGAAAGAUCAUUUCUCAGCCAACGGCGGUCUUCAGGAUACUCUUAAGCUUCCGCAACAUCAGUUUGAGGAGCAGUGCCUGGCAUUAAGAGAGACUCUGAAGUCAGAUGCAGAGGGCCUGCUGGUCAGGGUCAAAGACUUCUUGUACUCGACUGUCGGCCCCAAGGACGAGAAAUUCAGGACGAUUACCGCUCUUCUCUCCGAUGUUUAUUUCAGGAUGGGCCGGGCUCCGAAAGCAGUCGAGCUCCAACAAGAAAUUCUGCAGAGCUGCCACGAGCACUUGGGGACAGAACACCCGGACACUUUCCGGGCGCGAGACAGAUUAGGAUGCACAAAAUGGCUUCAAGGUCGUUUCACCGAGGCCCGACAGCACCAAGAGAUUGCGGUCGAAAGGUUCAAAAGGUUACUGGAUAUCGGCACAAACCACGAGUACAGGUUCGAGGCCAUGGACAAUCUCGGCCGGACCAUUGGCAAGUUCUGGGAGACCCACCACUUUAAACAGGCUUAUGAGUUGCAUCACGAGGCCGUGCAGGGAUUGAGCAAGGUACUCGGACCAGACCACGACAAGACGCUCACCGCCAAGGAGAGCCUGUGCCGGGUGGCGCUGGUGCUGCGAGCACAGCGGAAACACACGUUUAAUCCCCUGGAGCUGAUCACAGAAGUAGCCGAGACACGCAAGGUCAACUUCGGAAAAGAGCACCCUUUGACCUUGCUGGCAACAGCGAACCUGAUUAUCGCCAAGAUGGAAGCUGGGCACCUCGAGGAUGCGGAGACAAUGGUCAGGGAGGGCUUAGAGGUCGCGAUACGAACUCUGGGCACCGACUACUACUACGGGACGAUCCACGGCCGCGAUAUACUAGGGUGCGUCCUGAUCCAGCAGGGCCGCUAUGCUGAAGCCCAGGAGGUCUUCAUCCACGUCGUCGAGAGCCAGAAACGGCUGGAGAUAAGGCGUGGUGACCAUCACCCCGAGCGCCUUGCGUCUCUGAUUCAGCUUGCCAAGGCAGUGUCUCAUCAGGGGAGAGUUAAGGAUAGUAUAAAGAUCUGUGAGGAGACGAUCGAGGGCUUGGAGAUCAUCUCCAAAGCACCGCACCCCUUGAGGGCCGGCAUGAUCAGAGCUCGAGACCAGAUGGUUCCGCUCCUCAGCUCGCCGCAGCACAAAGACCAUACAAAAGUUGAGUUUCCGUGGAUUUUGUUCCCCGGUGGCCCUUGA